AUGUCGAAUGUCAAAACCCACAAGAAACUCUCAAUCAUCACCGUCCUUCAACUCCUUUCUGUUCUCAUGGACGAGCUCCCCGUCGACGAAGUUAGGUUCACGAUGCCAAGCCGCCAUCUCAUUGGACAGCUAGUCCCUUCAACCGGACCCUACCGACUAGCAUCCGUGCUAUCUAAAACGGUAGAAACCACAAACUGUUUUGCUGGCUUUGCACUUGCACCGCCUCAGCGGGUCAACUACGCCACAGGUGACAAGCCACGUCAAAUCAGGCGAAUCAGGACAUCGAAAGCCAGCGGUCCGUGCUUUCAAAUUCCAAACUUGGAAGUGCGCCAGCCUCUCACGUGUUACACCCCAACGGCCUGCUUGCUCGUCUCCAAGUCGUCCUCUUCAAGCUCGUCAGCUAGCUCCAACUUCACCGGCCUGUGGCAGACACUCCUCGACAACCCCCUCUUCCACCCCUUCCGCGGUAACUCCUGCGCCGCCCUCGUCGCACUCCUCGAACCGUCCGUCGUAGUCGCCGCUAGCGCCCGCUCCCGAACUGCGUCAUCCUGCCUGCACCGUCCCGGGUCCCUCGACCGACGCCCGCAUGCGAAACCAGCACCUACCCGUUCGGCAACGUACGUCCAGAGAAGAACAGCGACGCCUCUUUCCCUUCCAACCCCAGCGCCUACGAACAUGCCAGAGUCGCAGACAGAUACCUCCGUGCUCCCCGAACCCUCCUUCACCCCCGCGCCGAACCAGAGAGUCGACAACUCCCUCCCCCGACUAAAAUCUAACCUCUCCGAACACGCCUCGGAAAACCCCAAGGUCGUCAGCCCUCGCGCCGAUGAUGAAGCCAGUACGCAGCUCAGCAACCAGGACCGCAGCCCUCUCCUAUCGCCCAGUGCUUCCAAUGCUGCCGACGCGGGUCUUCCUCCCACACCACCUUCAAACUCCCGUGACGACGACGACCCUCCGACGGCCUUCAGCCCUCCCCCGCACGCAGACAACGUGGUAGCCCUCAUGUCGCAAAAGUCAUCUCUAACCACCCCCUUGAACCAGCGCAGCCCUCCCACCCCUGAUGCGAGCCCGGAAAGGACGAGUGAGUCCGUGGCGGCUCCCAUGCGCCCAUCAAUACUUGCAUAUCCUUCUUCCAGGGCCGAAUCCUUCAAGACUGCAAAAGAAGACCAAUAUUCUACCGACUUGAGCAACAGCCGUUCCACUACACCCCUGGCCGAUAGAUUAAGCACCGUCGCUGAGGAAAGGAGCUUGGGCUUAGCGUUCGAGCGAGCCGAGAGUAACUCUACUCCUGCCAACGGAUCACACGAACAAGUAUCCACACAAGCCCCCAUUGACAUUCCAGAAUCGCCGCGUACGCCAGUCCGAGAAUGGGAUCCCCAUCUGAUGCGCAAUGUUACCAUUCGCAAGAAGCGAAAUCCGAGGCCCUCACCGGAGAAACUCCUACCGCGAUCCGUUGGAGACGCCACAACGUCCAGGGGCUCCCCACGGUCAAUUUCCCUUGGAUCAAAGCUUCCCGCCCGUGCCGAAGAUAGUCCACAUAUCCCCUCUCUGGAACAAUUUGCUCAGUCAAUAGGAUGGCCAACUGAAGUGACUGAUAAGCGCCCGGCUGAUGAGACCCCGACUAAAUCCAAUGCGAAGCGUCUGUCUGCAUCCUCAAUGGGCUCUACCGUGGUGGAGGCUACGGUGAUUGUGACCCCUCCAAAGACACCGCGCACUCUUCGACAUUCAGGCAAGAACCUGGCAUAUAGGAGGGAUGCAGACAAUGCAACACUGAAUAGCUCAAGAUCGAAUUCUAACCGCGGCUCCCUCGAUCCAGAUGAUAUUCCUCUGAAUCGAUUGGUCCAUCAUAGGGUGAGUAUCACUCAUCAGAAGAAGCUGAGUGGUACCCACUCGCCCAUCACUGGAGAGGGUAGUGUCAUAUCGUCGCUCUCCAAUCGAAGUCGUAUUCAGGACAGUUCUGCCUAUACUCGGGCUCAUCAAGAAGCCGUGAAACAUGUCUUGCAGCCUGCCGCGUUGAUCAUGAGCCGGUCGAACUCACUAUCACGCGGGAUUGCCGGGGAAAGGAAUCACCACAAGCGGAUUUCGUCUGCCCCCGAGCCCAUUGUUCGGGAGGUUGAACUCCGCAAGACAGCGGACCAGAUGACAUCGGACUCUAGCCCAGCACAGAGUUUCAAAAAGGCGCCUCGUGUGCGGCAGCUUCUGCCACCAGUUACCAUCAACAAACCUCUCCCAGAAAUACCAAGCGCUUCGCCGGAGAAUGUCGUCAAUGAGCUCAAAGCAGGACCGACAGCCGAUCGCAUCGACGAAGAUAAACUCGAUGCGCAGGCCAGUGGGGUUGAAUCCGCCCCGACAGGGACUGUGCCCUUCCCCGGAGCAAGCGAGCUACCAAAUAGUCCCUCUCAGGACAAACAGGAACAAUCGGCGUCUCCACCAAUUGUUCGAAGGGGCUCUCUUCCCACGCGGGGACGUUCCGAUGAAAGGCGAAAGAGCUCCAUCAGCCACGAUCGCACGUCUACUUCUCAUGAUACCAAUCCUCGUCCGAGCCUGGAUCGAAUCCCCGUAGAAGAACUACCUCGCCGUAGCCACGAAUGGUGCGCCUUAUCUCCCAACGACAUUCGGCGUCUCAGCUUCGACAGGUCCACAUCUCGAAGUGAGGAGCACGCUUUGGCCAGGCAUCUUUUCGCCCAGACUACUCCUUUUUCACAGUUCUCAGACACUCCAAUCGAGGUCAGCGAGGCGACGGCAGUGAGCAUAUACCCUCAUCAUAACCAUUCCCUCCUCGUCGUACAGCAACUUGCUCGACCGAACACUCUGCCAUUGGAGCAUCAAGAGGUGCCCAAUGACCAGCAUACGCCGUCUUCAGACCCGGCCGCCCCAGCAUUGGCAUCCAAAGCUCUCUGUGCAGACAUCCCCUCCGAAGAGCGGCCUGUCCUUCAACAGCCCACUGUAAAUAUCGAACCCUCAACACCUCCUAGGCAAAUCACCCUGCCUGUUCCAGGUACCGUCGACUCGCCCCUCAGGAACCCUCGCGCCGCACCUGAACCACCAGUCAUCAAAUUCAUUCCCCCGACCCCGGCGGAGGAGCUGGACAAACAGCUCGUCGCCAACCCACCCGGCCCUCCUACCCGAUCCAACUCUCACCCCCAACGCCGACUCUCCCUAGUCCAACGUGCCCGCCGCUACUCUGACAACCUCAUCACCCCCAUCCUCGCCCGCGCAUCCAGCGUCCGUGGCCGCCACGUCAGCGAAUCUCACGCUGCUCGUCAAAAAUCCCGUGUUCCAACCGUCAACGAAGGAGAUGGCUCGUUACAUCCCUUCUGGCGCCCUCGCGGCUUCUGGGACGGCUUCGAAGAAAGCGAUUCAGAUGAUGAUGUGCUGCCGCAAGGUGGCGAUACCUCGGAUGUCGAGCCUGUUGUGGAACCGGAGCCAAGCGGGAGGAAGUUGGGAGCGUUGGGGCGGAGGCUGACGAACGGGUUCAAGGGGACUGGCGGGUUCUUGAUUGGGAAUUCGCUUGGUGUUGAACGGGCGGGAACGAAUAGAAGAAGACCGCAAAUCACACUUCCCUCGCAUCAACGGAAUGCCGCGGCUAGGCCUAAGCCCCCGUUGAUCUUGAUCCAGCGUCCUACGCUACCUAUCAAUACCCGCUCACGGCGUGUCGAGAAGCGAGGAUCACAACUCAGUCUCCGAAAAUCGCGAUCUCACGAAAGUCUGAGGAGACGACGUAGUCGGCGAGAGGCGUGGCGCGCCGGAAGGAAGAUUCCAGGUAUGAAGGGGUUGCACGUGCAGUAUAUAGGGCUCAGUGGCGUAAAAGAUAUGUUGAGGGAACGCAGGGCGGAGAAGAGGAGGCAGUUGAUUAGGAAGAGUAUCGGCAGUCGGUAUUAUGUGGAGGGUGCGAUGAGAUAACGACGGUAUAUACCUGAUGAUUUUGGGAUUGAAGCGCGAAGCUUGCGUAGCGAGGCGCCUUGCUUGGGUCUUGUUUUUGGAAAGGGCUCUCUUUCUUGUUUAUGUUCUUGUCUAUGGAUUUUGCGGUAAGGGAUUGGGUGAUAGGAUACGUGAGGGUUCUCACCCUCCGAGAUCAUGAUUCUUGGAUGGAUUGAUGAUAGCGGCUGGUUCAUGUCUAUGUCACAAUAGCAUUCUUGUCUCUUCUUGUUUCUCCCUUAUGGCGGAGUUGGAUUGUCGGUUGUAUUGGUAUAUGAGGACGCGUUGCAGCUAUCGCUUAUAGUCGGAGCGCAUAAUUGAUCGAGGCGUCGAAGUUCCGACGUCCGCUCUUUGCGG